AUGACCCGUGUCCCCGAUCCGUACGCCACCCCUGCUGGCCCCUCACAUAGGCACCACUACGACCCCGACCUCCCCGGACGUUCGCAAGCGUCGCAAACUACUCCCGAAGCAACCUCGAUCCUCCGACCCCGCACCACUCGUCCCCGCGAGGCCUCGGAGUCGCCUGAGCCCGAUGGGGAGGACGAGGACGCCGGGCCGAAGCGCAAGCGCGCAAAGUUUACCCGAGCCAACUUCGAUGGACUCUCUCCCGACGAGGUAGAGUUCCUGCUUGCAAUGAAAGACACUGGAAACGACCACUUCGUUCUCACCCCCGCGGCCGCGUGCUCGAAUUGCCAGGCGAUGAACUGGCCGUGUGUGUCGCGCAUCUCGGGGCUCAACAAGUGGGGUUGCGUCGCGUGCACCUCGGGGCUCAAGUGCAGCCACACCAAUCUGCGCCACUACAGGUACCUGGCGAGCGAGGGAGUGUCGGCUGGCAGUGUCCGGUUUCAGGCCUUUGUCACGCUCGACACUCAGCUCAAGCCAAUCCAGACGCCGCCGGCGGACGGAAGAUCGGUGCUCACCCUGUGGCCCAAGAAUCCACAGGGCAAGGAGGACAAGCUGCUCAAGUUUUACCUUCCCGGGGGCAACGUUCCCGUCCCCCCACCGGUCGGUGUGGCCCCUCCCCGCGGCUCCAUGCCAGCGGAGGCGCCGAAGGUUGCUUCAGACAAGGAGAAGGGCAAAGCCGAAGAGCCCGCCGGCUUUAGGAACCGGAUGGAGGCGCUGCUUGAGGCGGCCGCGGCCGCGCCCCGCAUGACGACUGCCAACAAGGGCACGCAAGUGACCUCUCCCCACCUGCGUACGAGUGACAAGUGGCAACCACAUCCUCCAGGGAGCCGGGUCACAGUCAGCAUGGAGCGCGACAACACUGCCCCCGAGGCUUCCAGCUCCUCCAAGCCACCCACGGCAAUCAUUCCAAUGGAGCACCCCGGCCGCGGUACCUACGCCAAGCUCAACCUCAUCCUGCGUGCCCUUGGUAGCCGCGACACCUCGGACCCCAACAGGUCAUACUACACCUUCGCUCCAUGUGCCGUCGAUUGCCCGCGGUGCUACGCCAUCGAGCUCCGGGGUGUGACCGAGGACACUUUGACGGCAAACUACAACUGCAAAUUCUUCGACCGCGUGACGCACCUGGACCACCACAUCAUCAAGCUGCUGAACCAGGUGUCGAACAAGAGGAAUGGAUACACCCGUCAAACCCCGAUUCCAGCAUACCUCUAUGAGGCGAAGGUGCCGUGUGUUUGCUGUACCAAGUCAGGCUCGCGCUGCCUCCAUGCCGAGGUCGAGCUCUGGACUCAGGGCGAAGGUCAUAACGGACAGCAAGUCAAGACCGCCUCAUUGUGUUGUCUAGCCUGUGAGCUCAACGAUAAGCGAUGUGUCUGGGCCCGCAACGACGGCGAGGCACCCAAGACCAUUAGGGUGGUUGUGGAGCGCAUGACUCCCCCGCAGUCGGUGGGAGAGAUGCUUGAGGAGCUUGGCGCGAUCGAGUGUGACAGUAUGGACGGGUGA